UAACGGUCUGCAAUCGAUGGCCUUUAUGCAGUUGGAAGAAAAGAUAAGCUGUGCAGUUUCAGCUGUUAUUGGCAAGGAGUUCAAGGCAAGUAUUGGUCCUUCCGUCGGUGGCGGUUGUGUUAGCGAUACAAGAGUUAUUCUUAGCAAAGAUUCUGACGGCUUGAAGUUUUUCGCUAAAAUUGGCAUUCCUUCUGAAGUAAGUAUGCUAGCUGCAGAAUAUUACGGUGUUUUGGAAAUGUACAACACAAAGACUAUAAGAUUGCCCAAACCCAUUUGCUACGACUCUACGGACCGCUUUAGUUUCUUGAUUCUUGAAAACCUAAAUAUGACAAAUAGAGCAGGAAAAAGGGAAUAUGGAUUGUUAGGAAAACAACUUGCGAUGAUGCACCGCUGCACCAGUGACAGAGGAUUUGGGUGGCAUAGGGGCAAUACAAUAGGUCCAACUCCUCAGUUGAACCCCUGGACUAGCAACUGGACAGAGUUCUUUGUAAACUAUCGACUUCACUAUCAGAUAGAGCUGGCAAAGCGAAAUAAUUUAAGACUCGAAGAUGAGGCAACAUUAUUGCAAAAAGUGGAAAAGCUUCUUAACCAAAAGCAAAAUGUCAUUCCCUCAUUAGUUCAUGGAGAUCUAUGGUCGGGUAAUAUUGGUUUUCUCAACACCGGAGAACCUGUUAUCUUCGAUCCAGCUACCUAUUACGGUGAUCGAGAAGUUGACAUUGCAAUGACGGAGCUAUUCGGAAGGUUGCCAGAGGAUUUUUACACGGCAUAUAAUGAUGAAUUUCCUUUAGAAGAAGGAUAUGAACAAAGGAGGACUAUAUACAACCUUUAUCAUGUUUUGAAUCACUUUGUAUGUAUAGCUUUUCUGAUGUAUAUUCUCUGAUAUUUUCUUAGAAUCUCUUUGGAGGAAUGUAUGGUCGUCAAGCAAAGGGCAUGAUGCAAGAGAUAAUGGAGUUUAUCUAAACAUUCCUAUGAAGUGGUCAAUUUAUACGUCCUCUAGGUUUUUUUGGAAUCUUGGUCUGUUGGUGACACUCAGAAAUCCAUGCAAAUUGAAAACUUGUUCUUCAAGUCAUUCAGACCUGGCUUUAGACAUUGAAAGACUUGAUUAAAUAUUAUUUUGGAUAGUAGCGUGUUGGACAGAAUAAAGAGACAGAUAUUCUCCGUUUUAACGAAAAUGCAAGUUGUCCAGUAACUUUCACACUUUUGAAGUUCUCAGAAAGCCCUUUAAGUUUACUGACCCCUCAAAAGCCUAUAUGAAGAGAAAGAAAGGACGUGCCUAGAAAGUCACAAGCUACAUUUAAGCCUGCUUCAAAGGACCAUUCCAAUUGAACCAAGAUGGGCUUGAGAGAAUGAGCCAACUGUUUGCACAAACACUGGAAGAGAAACUUUAGAUAUCCAUUGAAAACUCGAAGAGCCUUAACGCGUAAGACAGAGAAUCGUUGAAUGGAUUUAAAUCUAUACGAUAAAUAGAAUUUUGGCGCC